AUGGCGUCAACCAAGGCUGGUCAUCAUGGAGGCGGUAAAGGUAAGAAAAAAGCGGCUGGAGGAGAUGAAACUUGGACAACAGAAGAUAUUCUCCAAGCGGUUAUCAUUGGGGACAGUUUCAAUUUUCGCUUUCUACCAGUAACUCAUGAGAAACCGAGAACACUCUUACCAUUGGUUAAUCGUCCAUUACUUGACUAUACAAUCGAUUUUCUAUUGCAUGCUGGGGUUCAAGAUAUAUUUGUUUAUUGCUGCGCUCACUGCGAUCAAAUUACAGCACAUAUGCAACAGAAAAUAAGAAGCUUGAAACAUUGCUGCAACAUCAAAACAAUGAAAUCUGAUAGAGCCUUAUCAUUGGGUGAUGCCUUGCGGGAUAUCGAAAAUCAGGCCGUCAUAAAGUCUGAUUUUAUCUUGGUAAGUGGAGAUCUAGUGUCAAAUAUGAAAUUGCAGAAGGCUUUAGAAGAGCACAAGCAAAGAAGAAAGAAUGAUAAAAUGUCGGUUAUGACUAUGAUACUCAAAGAAUCUGCACCUGGUCACAGAAGCCGAUGUAGUGAAGAAGAUAUGAUUGCAGCAAUUGAUCCGAAAAACAAUCGACUCCUUCACUAUCAGAUGACACGUAAUCAUACCAAAGUAUCCUUUCCAGCUUCAAUUUUUCUGGAGAAUCGGGGCGUUCAUCUUCGUUACGAUUUACUGGAUUGCCAUGUUAGCAUUUGUUCUCCCCAGGUAACUCAACUUUUUACGGAUAACUUUGAUUAUCAAACAAUCUACGAUUUUAUUCGUGGAAUCCUUAUCAGUGAAGAGAUUACUGGUCAUCAGAUCCACACCUAUACGGUAACGGAUGAAUAUGCUGUUCGUGUAUCGAAUUUGCACAUGUAUGAUGCUGUCAGCAAAGAUGUUAUUCAUCGUUGGUCAUAUCCAUUGGUACCUGAUGAAAAACAUACCAGUAAAGAAGAAUCUUACACCAUAUCUCAGCCAAACAUAUAUCUAGGUGCUGUUAAUGUCAUUCUAGCAAGAAGUUGCGUUUUAUCUGAAGACGUCGUUAUCGGUAGUCAUUGUAGUGUUGGAGAAGGAACACAAAUUAAAAGUUCAGUAAUUGGAAAUGGCUGUAAAAUAGGCAAUAAUGUAAUUAUCAAAGAUUCCUACGUUUGGAAUAACGUAAUCAUCGAUGACGAUUGCUGUAUUAUCAAUUCAUUAUUAUGUGACGAUUGUCGUAUUAAACGAAAAGUAAAUAUCAACAGUGGUUGCUUGCUUUCCUUUGGGGUGGUUAUUGGCCCUGACGUUACUUUAGAAGAGAAUAGUCGAUUUUCUUGUCAGAAGCCUAAGCCGAAGCAUCUUAUGGAAAAUGAUAAUACGACUGGAAUAGGAACGGAACAAAACGAAGAAGCGGAAGAUAUACCUAAUUAUGAUAGAGCUAUACUAGGACCUGAAGGCAUUGGUUAUGUAUGGCAGCCAGAACUGUUUAACGAUUACAUGGAAGAUGAGAGAGGGAGUUUACACAGUGAAGAUUCAGAUAGUGAUUCUGCGGCAAAUGGAUUCGAAAUAGAUGAUGAAGAUCAAUUUCAUAGUGAAGUUAGUGAGAGUAUUCGUCAAGGAUUUGCAGACAAGACACCAGCGGAAAAUAUCAUUUACGAACUAAAUGGUUCAAAGUUUGCCUAUAACAGAACCGUAGCUGAUGUAGCACAGUCUGUUGUAUUGGCAAUUAUGGAUGGUCCAUCCAGUAGUUCAGCCAAAGCAGAUAACAAUUCUUAUUUAUCCUAUUAUAAGGAAGUUUUUAGCUACUACAAGACGUUAAUCGAAAACUAUGCCAAAACUGCAUCUUGUCAAAUUGGCUGUUUAGAAGCUAUUGAGGACUAUUGUUUAGAAAAUAGUACAGUCUUCCAUUUGAUACAAAAGAUCCUAUUGAUGCUAUACAAUUUGGACAUAAUUGAAGAACUUCCUAUUCAACGCUGGUUUACAAAUUUACCACCCGAAAGUGAUGAAACACUCUCUCAGCGAAAACGAUUACGCGAAUUAGUGCAACCAUUCAUCAGUUGGCUGAAUGAAGCCGAAGAAGAGUCCUCUGAGGAUGACGAGUGAAGUGUAUAAAUUCAGUGAACAA